CCCUCCUCGCUGGCUGCUACUGCCGCCGCCUUCCCGCCGGGAGCACCGCUUCCCUCUGCCGCCGCAGCUCGCUUUCUCCUCCUCCUCCUCCGUUCCGUCCUCCCAGUGGCUCGGGAAGGCAAAGCCCCCCCGCCGGGGGCGCCCGUCGGUGGGUGCGUGCCCCCCAGCCCCCGCGCUCGCCUCGCCACCGCGGCAGCCGCCGGCACAGCCCCGCUCAGCCCGGCCACGAUGGCGUGCGGGAGGUUCCUCAGAAGACGAUGAGGUCAUUCAAGAAGGUCUCCUCAGGCUCAGCAGGGGCGAGUAAAGGUGGAGACGAACCCGGGAAGUUGCCGGAGCAGGAAGAAGAAGAGGAAUCCCAGGUUUUGCACGGAACCGGCCAUUGCAAAUGGUUCAAUGUGAGAAUGGGAUUCGGGUUCAUCUCCAUGAGCAACCGAGAGGGAAGCCCCUUGGAGUCUCCAGUUGAUGUCUUUGUACACCAAAGCAAGCUUUACAUGGAAGGAUUUAGAAGCCUAAAAGAAGGAGAACCUGUGGAAUUUACUUUUAAGAAAUCUUCCAAAGGCCUUGAGUCAAUACGGGUAACAGGCCCUGGUGGGAGCCCCUGUUUAGGAAGUGAAAGACGACCCAAAGGGAAGACAGUACAAAAAAGAAAACCAAAGGGAGAUAGAUGCUACAACUGUGGUGGCCUCGACCACCACGCUAAAGAAUGUAGUCUACCUCCGCAGCCAAAGAAGUGCCAUUACUGUCAGAGCAUCAUGCACAUGGUGGCUAACUGCCCCCAUAAAACUGUCUCACAGCAGCCCGCUAGUUCUCAGGGAAGACAUGAAGCUGAACCACAGCCUUCCACUUCUGCCUUCCUGAGAGAAGGGGGAGGAACGCACGGCUUCUCGUCUCCAUCGUACUCUCAGGAAGGCAGGUCGGAGAUCUCGGAGCGCUCGGGCAGGUCACCACAGGAAGCGUCGUCGAGUAAGUUGUCUGCGUCACCUGAAGAACCAAACAGAAAGGGGCCUUCUGUUCAAAAAAGGAAAAAAACUUAA